UCUUCCCUGGCCGCCUCCGCCGCCGGCUCCCGGUGCCUCUCCCGGUGCCUCUGCCCGCUCUCAGCAGCAUGGAGCUCCGUUACGCGCUGCCGCUCCUCGCGGCUCUGCUCGCCGCGUCCCGCGCGCAGGAGAACUCCGUCCCGGCGGCGCGCGUGCUGCUGGAGCCCUACGACUUCCUCUUCGACACGGCGGUGGAAGCCUACUACCGGGGGGACUGGCUGUCGGUCAUCCUCAACAUGGAGAAGGCUCUGCGGAACAAAGCCACGGUCCGCGGCGUCAAGGCGCAGUGCCGGCUGGGCUGCGCCAACAGCACGGCGUUCGGCUCCGGGGCGCCGGUGCCCGGGGCCGGGUCCGUGGAGGACCUGGGCUUCUUUCAGAGGAUCCUGAAGCGGGCGGACUGCGUGAACUCCUGCGAGCUGGAGAAACUCGGGUCUCCAACUCUCCAUCUGGUGAGCGAGGAGGUGGAGCUGGAGUUCAAGAAGCGGACUCCCUACAACUACCUGCAAGUGGCCUACUUCAAGAUCAAUAAGCUGGACAAAGCGGUGGCGGCGGCCAACACGUUCUUCCAGGCCAACCCGACCCACGUGGAGAUGAAGCAGAACCUGGACUACUACAGGAUGAUGGCGGGGGUGCAGGAGGCGGACUUCAAAGACCUGGAGACGCCGACACACAUGGCCCAGUUCCUCCUGGGGAAGAGCCUCUACAGCGACGACUCCUUCGGCCUGGCGGCGGAGCGCUUCGAGGCGGCGCUGGAGCGCUACUUCCCCGCCCAGCGGGAGUGCAGGGCGCUGUGCGAGGGAGCCUACAGCUACGACGGCUACCAGUACAUGGAGUACAGCGCCGACCUGUUCCAGACCGUGACGGACCACUACAUGCAGGUGCUGAACUGUAAGCAGCACUGCUCCGUGGAGCUGGCCUCCAGCGCCGGGCGGGACAAGCCCUUCGACGACUUCCUGCCGUCUCACUUCAACUACCUGCAGUUCUCCUACUACAACAGUGAGAAGUACGAGCAGGCCAUCGAGUGCGCCAAGACCUACCUGCUGUUCCACCCCGAAGACGUGGUCAUGAACCAGAACCUGAACUACUACUCCGUGGUGCUGGGCGAGGACAAGGCGGCGGCGAUCCCGGCCCGGCAGGUGGUGAAGGACUACAUCCAGCAGUCCCUGCUGGAGAAGGAGCUGCUCUACUUCGGAUACGAAGCUUUUGGAAUCACCUUCGUGGAUCCAGACACGUGGACUCCUGAAGACGUGAUGCCCAAGAAACUGCGGGAAAAACAGAAAGCCGACAGGGAGACGGCAGCCAGGAUCACCGAGGAGAUCGGGAACCUGAUGAAGGAGAUCGAGACGCUGGUCGAAGAGAAGAAGAAGGAUUCCUCGGACAUGGCCAAGAUGAUCGUCCCACAGGAAGGCGGCGCUGUGCUGCCCGACGACAUCCGGGUGACCAUGACGUCCCAGCAGCUGAACGGCUCGCAGCGGGUGCUGCUGGACGGCGUGAUCAGCGACGACGAGUGCCGGGAGCUUCAGCGCCUCUCCAACGCAGCUGCAGAGAAGGGCGACGGCUACCGGGGCCGCCCGUCCCCGCACUCCCCCAGCGAGCUGUUCCAGGGCGUCACCGUCCUCAAGGCCGUCAAGCUGGGGCAGGAGGGGAAGGUCCCGCUGAAGAGCACCCGCCUGUUCUUCGACCUCAGCGAGAAGGUGAGGAAGGUGCUGGAGUCCUACUUCGGCCUGCAGACCAAGCUCUACUUCUCCUACUCCCACCUGGUGUGCCGCUCCGCCAUCGACGAGAAGCAGGAGGACCGCGAGGACCUCAGCCACCCCGUCCACGUGGACAACUGCCUGCUGGUGUCCGAGCUCAACGAGUGCGUCAAGGAGCCGCCGGCGUACACACACCGGGACUACAGCGCCAUCCUGUAUCUCAACGACGACUUUGAAGGAGGAGACUUCAUCUUCACCGAGCUCGACGCCAAAACAGUGACGGCCGAGGUGCGCCCCCGCUGCGGUCGGGUGGUGGGAUUCGGAGCCGGGAAGGAAAACCCCCACGGGGUCCGGGCCGUCACCAGGGGUCAGAGGUGCGCCGUGGCGCUGUGGUUCACUCUGGAUCCGGCUCACGAGGAGAAGGAGAGAGUCCAGGCUGAGGACAUGCUGCGGAUGUUUUCCACCCCUGUGAAUGCAGAGUUCACCAAGACCAGCUCCACAGAGCCUUCUGAGCCUCCGGCAGCUGCACCCGACAGUCCCCCGCAGGAGCCGGCGGAUCAACCGCCAGACGACACCGGAGCCGAGAAGCAGCCGGCCGCCGCCAAACCGGCCGCCUCGUCCAAAGAGCCGGCGGCGGCGAAACCCGGCGGCAAAGCGGCGGCGAAACCCGGCGGAAAGGCGGCGGCUAAAACCAAAGCUGCCCCCAAAGCAAAGGCCAAAGCCAAAGAACAGGCAAAGGCCAAAGCCACGGAUAAAGCUACACCUGCGGCUAAAACCGACGGCAAACAGACGGGUAAAACAAAAACCAAGCAGGUGGUCAAAAAGGACUCGAAACCAGCGGCCAAAAAGACAGUAAAAGCUGCAGCGAAGAAGGAAGCGGCGUCCGUCGCGGACUCUCAGAAAGCCAGAGAGGAGCUGUGAUCACACUGUUUUAUAUCUGCUUUUUUAUACAAGGUCUUCUCUGUGGGUGGGUGAAUGAAAACACAAAGCAAUGGUGUUUUACCUUAAAUUAAUAAAAGUUGAAAUGGUACAUAAUGUUCUGUAAUGAUGCGGGAGAUCAAGUGAAGCGGCCUCAAAUCACUGUAGCUGAUGUUAUUUGGUCUUUUUGAUGUGAAAAGAUGUAAUAAAUGGGAAAUGUCCAGAUCUGAUGCGUGACUGGAUAGAAUAAAGUAAAAAUAGGUUUGGAAUUUGUGCAGUUUGUGAGAAAACAGAUGUAGUGCUCCAGACUGACAGCAGGUGGCAGCAUGGAAACACUCUUCUGUCACAUUCAACAAGACAGAUGUAAACCCUCUCAGCUGCUUCUCUCUGCUGUUUUUCACUCUGCUGCUGACAUCCUGAUCAGCCCAGACGCCAGGAACAGAUCUCUUCAAAUCUGUCUGGUGGAGGUUUAUUAUAACUGGAUCUGCAAUU